CCGUCGCCCCGCAGCUCGCCGAGACCACGAGCGCCGCCAUGAGCGACAAGGGGGAGCUGGACUUGACCGGGGCCAAGCAGAACACGGGCAUGUGGCUCGUCAAGGUCCCCAAAUACUUGUCUCAGCAGUGGAAUAAAGCUUCGGGAAGAGGUGAAGUAGGGAAGCUGAGAAUUGCCAAAAAUCAAGGAAGAACAGAAGUAUCUUUCACUUUGAAUGAAGAUCUUGCAAACAUUGGUGAUAUUGGUGGGAAGCCAACUUCCAUCAGUGCACCCAGAGAACACCCUUUUCUUUUACAAAACGUGGGAGGACAGACAUUAACGGUGUUUACAGAGAGCUGUGUAGAGUGCCAGACAGAUGAAAAAUCUGAGAGCAGCAAUAGUGAGAAACUGUCUAUGGAAGGAAUAGUGGUUCAGCGUGCAGAAUGCAGGCCAGCAGCCAAUGAAAACUAUAUGAAGCUGAAAAGGCUGCAGAUAGAAGAAUCUUCUAAACCUGUCAGCUGGACAAUGCAGCUGGAUAAAGCUGUAACCACAAACUACAAACCAGUAGCUAAUCAUCAGUAUAAUAUUGAGUAUGAAAAGAAGAAAAAAGAAGAUGGAAAACGGGCUCGGGCUGAAAAACAGCAAGUGUUGGACAUGCUUUUUUCAGCUUUCGAAAAACACCAGUAUUACAACAUUAAAGACUUGGUGGACAUAACCAAACAGCCAGUGAGCUACCUGAAAGAAAUUUUAAGAGACAUAGGUAUCUACAAUGUUAAGGGAACACACAAAAACACUUGGGAACUCAAGCCAGAAUACAGACAUUACCAAGGUGAAGAUAAGAGUGAUUAGCAGAACGGUUAACCAAGCAAGCAUGCAAGUUGACAACUUUGGGAACAGGAAGGGCAGCUGCACAGUGUAAGAAUUAAUAAUUGGUAAUAAGUGCAGCUUCAUUUUUAAAAAGAUUUUGCCAGGAACAUUCUGUAAGUUUUUGUUUUGAUUUGGGCAGGCAAGUUAUUUAUAGAAUAAACUUGUAUUAGAUUUCUUUAAUGUUUGGUCUUUUAUUGUAGGUUUUUUGUGUUUUGUAAAAUAUAACAAUGCUAGUAAAAGGUCUAGAAGUCUUAUUUAUUGCAAAGCUGAGUUUAUCCCAUUACUAAAACCCUGAGUGGCCCUGAAUCUUGAAGUGAAGCUGAACCCCUCGAGCGUGUCAUGGGAAGCUGUACAAUUCUUAAGAUCAUGUCUUACUGAGAAUAACCCAAAGUGGGACAUAUUUUGAAGAGCCUCUGAAAUGUUCCUUAGAGCAGGGAAAGGAGUGGAGAGAUUUCUUUUGGUACACAGACUCAUGAUGAUGAUGAAAGGAAAUUAUUACAACUUAAAUCACUGAAGAAAACAUUUAAGUACAAUAAGGAACAAUAUAACGACUUUUUUUGUAUAAAAAGGUAGAUGUUUUGUUUCUGUAUUAAUAAAAGCAGCUUUUUAAUUUGUACAAA